CCUACCACAGACGACGAUUGUCGACAAAUCAAAUUCAAGGACCCAAUACCGAACAUGGCCAUGAAAAAUCACGCGAUCAAAAGUGUAGAGGUGCCAAACGAAGGGAGCUGCAGAGUAAUGUGUUAUAUGGAGCCUAAUUGUGUGUCCAUCAAUGUUGGACCUGUUGCAGGAGGAAGCCAAAAAUGCGAUUUGAAUAACGCCACGGAGGAAAAGCAUGCUCCAUUUCUUCUCGUGAACAGUCCGGGUUACGCAUAUCUUGCCAUCGAGAAUCCAUGCAGCAGCAGCCCAUGCUUAAACAGAGGCACCUGUCAAGCUGGAUUCACCUAUAAAGGUUUUCGUUGUGUCUGUCGGGAACGAUUCAGUGGACAAACCUGCCAAGUUGAAGUCAAAAGAAACUGCGCAGAAAUCCACAAGUCCGCAGGUAAAUCAACUGACGGUGUGUACACCAUUAAACUUGAUAAUUUGCCUGCCUUUGAUGUAUUCUGUGACCAAACAACAGCCGGUGGUGGUUGGACAGUGUUCCAGAAAAGACUGAACGGCUCGGUUGAUUUCUACCGCUAUUGGAACGACUAUAAACAUGGCUUUGGUGACCUGAAAAGUGAAUUUUGGUUGGGACUGAACAAGAUUCACCGGCUGACCUCAGAUAAUAACAGCAUGCUGCGUGUGGACUUGGAGGACUUUGAAGGAAACAUAGCUUAUGCCGAGUAUAACUUGUUUGGUGUUAUGAGUGAGAAACACAAGUACAAGCUGAUCCUUGGUUCUUAUUCAGGAAAUUCAAGUGACUCUCUUGCUGAGCAUCGCGGUAUGCCGUUCACCACUAAAGAUCAAGAUAAUGACAAUGUAAAAGACAACUGCGCCAAUACGUUCAAAGGAGCCUGGUGGUACAAGGGGUGUCACAGAUCGAAUCUCAACGGUUUAUAUCUUCGUGGCCAGCACUCCUCCUUUGCUAAUGGAGUGAACUGGUUUCACUGGAAAGGACAUAAUUACUCCCUCAAGAGAACCGAGAUGAAAAUAAGACCAGCAGAUUUCUGAACUGUCAUGUUUAUGGCACAACAAUGAUACAGUACCACCUCAACCAAAAAAACGAGUUUCUCGAUCAAGUCUAUUCAGCAUGUAAUAAUCACUCUUAAAUUGGAGCUUAGCGAAAUGUUGUUCAGGUUUUUCUUGCUUCUUUGUGCGUGUUUUUCAAAAUAGGAAUAGUCGAUUGUGUAGAAUCGGCCAGUUAACCGAUAAUAAUAAUCAUCAUAAUAGUAAUAAUAACUUAAUCUAUA